AAUACUUCCGGAGGUUAGAGGUCAUAUUUAAAAAAAAAAAAUGGAUGCUGAAAAAGUAGAUGAAGACAAAAUGAGUGACGAUGGGGAUAUUGGAUCUGUCAUGGGAUUCUCUGGAUUUGGCAAAAAAGCUCGAACAUUUGACUUUAAUGCAAUUUUUGAGCAAACUCGGCGAACCGCUAUUGAGAGAAGUCAACGUGCACUAGAGGAACGACAGAAGGAAGAGGAAGACGAGAGCUCCAUGUCAGUCAAACCAUCAGUUCACAGUCAGAGAGACAAAAGUGCUGCUGCUUCUUCUAGAGUACAAAAAAGUGUGAACAGUAGUGACAGCAGUGAGUCAGAGUCUGAGCUCAUUGGGCCCCUGGUGCUUCCUCAGCAAACAACCCAGGAGGAUGACGAACUUGUGGGUCCUCCGCUUCCACCAGGUUACAGGAGCAGCACAGCACAAAGUGACGAGGAGGAUGAUGAUGCUGAUGAAGAGGAGGCUCAAGAUGAUGAUGAUGAUGAUAAUCCAGUGAAAAAGAUUCCAGACACUCAUGAGAUCAUUUUACAGCAUGGCACCAAAACAGUAUCAGCUCUUGGCUUGGACCCCUCUGGAGCCCGUCUGGUGACAGGUGGAUAUGACUAUGAUGUGCGUUUUUGGGAUUUUGCGGGGAUGGACCAGUCUCUGCAGGCCUUCAGGUCCCUGCAACCCUGUGAGUGCCAUCAGAUCAAGUCUCUGCAGUACAGCAUCACUGGUGAUGUCAUCCUGGUGGUUUCUGGCAAUGCACAGGCCAAAGUGUUGGACCGUGAUGGCUUCAAUGUCAUUGAGUGUGUGAAGGGAGACCAAUAUAUUGUGGAUAUGGCUAACACCAAGGGACACACAGCAAUGCUGAACAAUGGGUGCUGGCAUCCCAAGAUUAAAGAGGAGUUUAUGACCUGCUCUAAUGAUGGCACCGUGCGCACAUGGGACGUGACUUCAGAGAAAAAGCACAAGUCUGUGUUCAAACCUCGCUCCUCUAAGGGGAAGAAGGUCAUCCCCACGUGCUGCACCUACAGCCGGGACGGGAAGCUCAUCGCAGCAGGGUGCCAAGAUGGCACCAUCCAGAUCUGGGACAGAAACCUGAGCGUUCAUACAAAGUUUCACUCUCCGCAAGCCCAUGCUUCAGGAUCAGACACCUCUUGUCUGUGCUUUUCAUAUGACGGCGUGACUCUGGCUUCACGUGGAGGUGAUGACACACUGAAAAUUUGGGAUAUUCGUAGCUUCAGGAAGCCUCUACAUGAAGCUACCAGACUGACCAACUACUUCUCUAUGACCGACUGCUGUUUUAGCCCAGAUGACAAGCUUGUCGUCACAGGAACCUCAGUGAAGAAAGAUGAAGGAAAUGGAAAGCUGGUUUUCUUUGACCGAGUUUCUUUCCAGAAAGUCUAUGAAAUUGAGGUCACCAGUGCUAGUGUUGUCCGCUGCCUGUGGCACCCUAAACUUAACCAGAUAAUGGUGGGUACCGGGAAUGGACUGGCCAAGGUAUACUAUGACCCAGUUAAAAGCCACAGGGGGGCUAAACUGUGCGUAGUAAAGAACAAGUGGAAAGAGAAACAUGCAGAGGCACUAACACAAGAUUAUGUCAUCACACCUCACGCCCUGCCCAUGUUCAAAGAGGCCCGACAGAGGAGUACAAGAAAACAGCUGGAGAAAGACAGACUCGACCCGAAGAAAUCCCACAAACCUGAACCUCCUGUGUCUGGACCAGGCCGAGGAGGCAGAGUAGCAGCUCAUGGCGGCACUUUGUCUUCAUUCAUUGUGAAGAACAUCGCCUUGGAUAAAACUGAUGACAGUAACCCCCGAGAGGCCAUCCUCCGGCAUGCCAAGGAAGCGUCAGAGAAUCCUUACUGGAUCGCUCCAGCGUAUAAACAGACCCAGCCGGAGCCCAUGUUUGCAGAGGAAUCCGACGAGGACGAGGAAGCCGACAAAGAGCCAGAGUGGAAGAAACGCAAAAUCUAAAACGCGUCCCUAACGGCCUCUCUUCAGUAUAAGCCUAGAUCCUUAUUUUUAUCUCUUUAGUGUAAAGAAACAUAAAUCAUGCAGUUUUAUGUUCCUCUCACUCCAAUACAUGAGCCACUUCACGGUUUAUGUCUGUUUUGA